AUGAGAUUAGGAUCCACCCUCAAAGCCGCAGCGAUCACCAAAUACAUCAAUAAACUCAUCAUCAACUUCAAUUCAAAAACAUUCACUAAUAGUAAGCGUGGAAGCAAAGCCAUGUGGGAACAAGUUAACAAGAUUAGAGGCUCUGAGAAAUCACCCAACACAUCAACCGUGCAGCAUAUUGAUGCCAACACACUCAACGCCCACUUUACUUCCAUGUCAACCGACCAGUCCUACAAAAUUCCAUCAACAAAAGCUACUGCAAUCAAUAAUCAUCAACACCAACAAUUUACACCAUAUUCCGUCCUCCACAUGCUAACGAAGGCUUGCCCAUCCGGUACAGGCUUUCAAACAUUUCACGCACUCAAAACACUCCGUUCACAUGGUCUCAGAGGCGUCAAAUUAUUCGACAUCGCCGAAUCACUCAUCAUCUCACGCAUCAAAUAUGCAGCUCCCUCCUGGUCUGGUUUUGCCACGCAACAACAAUUUCAGUAG